GGAAGAUCAUUCGGUAAAAGACACUACCUCUUCGGCGGAUGUUUAGGAUGACCGACUGGACUUCUGAUCUGCAAACAGUGGCGUUCUUCGCCGCGGUAGUUCCGUUGCUAUACUACGUCUAUUGGAGGAUAGCCAACAGGAGGCUGCUCCAGCUGGCCGCCAAGAUUCCAGGACCUCCGGGCCUUCCACUCCUUGGCAACUUACUGGAAUUCACUGGUUCGCCGACUGAAAUAUUUGAAAAACUGGUAGAGAAGAGUUAUCAAUAUGAAGACGUGAUAAAAGUAUGGUUUGGGCCAAGAUUGUUCGUCUUCCUAACCAAUCCUGUAGACAUAGAGGUUCUCCUAACAAGCACUGAACAUAUCGAGAAGUCUGUAGAAUAUGACUUUAUGAAACCAUGGCUUGGAGAUGGAUUACUCAUCAGUUCAGGACAAAAAUGGUUCACUCAUCGCAAAGUGAUAGCCCAAACUUUUCAUUUAAACAUACUUCGUUCUUUUUUGGGCAAGUUCAACGAAAAUGCAAAGAAAUUGGUGAAAUAUUUUGAAGAUGAAACAGGAAAUGAAUUUGACUGUAGAAGGUACAUGUGUAAAUACACCGCUGAAACGCUGAUAGAUACUGUUAUGGGAGCAGAUAAGGAUCAACUCGGAUUUGAAAGCCCUGUGUACUCGGGAGCUACAACAAAACUUUGCGAACUAGUGCAUCUUAGACAUACCAAACUCCACUUCCGAUCUGACCUGUUAUUCAACAGUACGAAGCAUGGAUUCGAACACAAAAAAUUUGUUUCUUUAGUUCACGACUUCUCCGCUAAAGUUAUAAAGUUUAAGAAAAGUCAGAGAGAGCUACUAAAACCUUCUCCUUUCAUAGAGAAGUUUGAUGAUAUAAGAAAAGAAGACAAAUCUCUGACACAUUAUGAAAAAAGUACAGGAAUAUCAUAUGGUCAAUCUUCUGGGCUGAAAGAUGACUUGGAUAAUGAAGUCAUAGGAAGGAAGAAAAAAUGUGCCUUCUUGGACACAUUAUUAGAGAAAGAAGCAAAUAGGGAAGUAUUUAGCAUGAAGGAUGUUCAAGACCAAAUUGAUACACUCAUGUUUGAGGGGCACGAUACAACUGCUGGAGUUAGUAGCAUGUUUCUUUGUUUAAUGGCCACCAAUCUUGAUGUUCAGGCUAAAUGUGUAGAAGAAUUGGAAAAAAUAUUUGGUGAUUCAGAUCGUGAUGUGACAUUUGAAGAUACUUAUGAAAUGAAAUAUCUGGAGCGUUGUGUCAUGGAAACAUUGAGAAUAUAUUCUCCAGUUCCUGUGAUAGCAAGAAAUCUAAAGAAAGAAUUAACAUUAGUAACAAACAAUAUUACAUUACCAGUAAGCACAACAGUUAUUGUUGCAAUUUUCAAGCUACAUAGAAGAGAAGAUCUUUAUCCAAACUCUGAAAAAUUCAAUCCAGAUAAUUUUAUCCAGGAAAAAACUGCAGCUCGGAGCUUUUAUUCAUUUAUUCCUUUUUCUGCAGGACCAAGAAGUUGUGUAGGGAGAAAAUAUGCUAUAUUGAAACUAAAAGUAGUUUUAUCUACAAUCUUGAGAAAUUAUCAGAUUACGACCUCAUGUCCAAUGGAGAGCUGGAAACUUCAAGCUGAUAUCACACUUAAAAGAACAGAUGGUUUUAAAAUAAAACUAAUUCCAAGAAAGAAUGCAUAAUAGAUAAUUUAAAAGAAAAAAAGUAUCAAUAUUGUAUUAAGAUUUACAAAUAUAUAAGUGUACCUAUUUAUUA